UGACGGUGGUUUUUAAUUGACUAGUUGUGAAUCCUUAACAUCGUAAGCGUUUCUGAGCCUAGAUCUUUUCUGCCUUUUUGUUUUGUAAACAUUAGGUUUAAUCCAAGGGACUUAUUUUUUUAGGUUUUGGUGCGACCUAACAAGCGACAUCAAUAAUAUUCACCGUAGAGAAAUCUGAGAAAACCUUUUAUUUCAUUAAAAACUUACAACAACAACAACAACAACACGUUUUCUCAGAACGCACCGUAGUAAUUCCCACGAAAACUGGUAUUUCACAUUAAACAAACUUUUUCGUAGCCUACAUACAGCAUUAAUACGACUACUACUAGGGUUGACUAAUCUAAAGUAUUCCUAAAUGCCACGCGCGCCCCCGCACACACUGGCAGACAAGCAAUCACUUUCAUGUGUUAAAAGAUCACGUGGUGAACUUUAAACGUCUCCAGGCCUCAAUGACAGCACUGACUGUCGUCCCCAUUGGUCCCGAAGGCAAAUAGUUAAUGUAAAUAUGCUGGCGCUAAGUGGGAGUGCCUCGCCAUUAGUUUAGCUGUCACUUGAGCGCUGUCGAAUGUCUUCAGUGGUUGUGUCGUUGAGGUCCGCACUAGCAUGUGGUCACCCUCCGCGCGCACCUCAACAGUAGUCGCGGGAGAGCCGAGUACGAUGCAAGUCCACGCGCUCUAAUAGGCCUGAAAGAAAACCGCUAAACAAACGCUCGUGGACAUUUUAUAUCAGAUCGGCGGGAUUCCAAGGCGUCUGAUUACCAGAACGCGCUAUAGAGGACAGCGCAUUUAUCCAGAGGAUUCGAAAACGCAUUUUCGAAUACGCAUUUUCCUCCACAUAUAAAAGGCUCUUCGCGUUCUUCUGAAAAAGAUUUCCAGGAAUGGAAUCUAUCCCAAAUCAGCUGCCGGCUGGAAGAGACUCCAGCUGUUCGCCGAACUCCAAACAAGACUUGCAGCCUUACUCUGGCCCAACACUCAAGCCGAACCAAGUCAGUGAGACCUCUUUAUACGGAAUACCGAUCGUUUCACUAGUCAUAGACGGUCAAGAGAGACUUUGCCUAGCUCAAAUAUCCAACACACUUCUGAAGAACUACAGCUAUAACGAAAUCCACAACCGGCGCGUGGCCCUGGGCAUCACCUGUGUGCAGUGCACUCCGGUCCAGCUGGAGAUUCUCAGGCGCGCGGGGGCUAUGCCCAUUUCCUCGAGACGUUGCGGGAUGAUUACAAAGAGAGAGGCCGAGAGGCUCUGCAAGUCGUUCCUGGGCGCCCACAGCCCGCCGAAAUUACCAGAAAAUUUCGCUUUUGACGUGUCGCACGAAUGCGCGUGGGGCAGCCGGGGCAAUUUCAUCCCAGCCAGAUACAACAGCUCGAGAGCGAAGUGCAUUAAGUGUUCGUUCUGCAACAUGUAUUUCUCUCCAAACAAGUUCAUAUUUCACUCUCAUCGCACGCCGGAGUCCAAAUACACGCAACCCGACGCAGCAAACUUCAACUCGUGGAGAAGACACUUAAAACUGAGCGACAAAAACUCACCAGAUGAUGUGGCCCAUGCCUGGGAAGAUGUCAAAGCCAUGUUUAACGGCGGCAGCCGCAAGAGGACGCUGCCAAUCGGUGGGUCUGAAAGUUCGUCCUCGCUUAGUACGCAACGACCGGGAGGUCAAACCCAGGGGGAACCGUCUGAGGUGCCUCACAAAACUCUCAGAUGUGAGGAUGACAGGGGGAACGUGACCAUGCCGAGCAGCAUCCGCAGUUACCCCGUGAUUCCGGUGCCCAGUAAGAGUUUUGGGAUGUUACAGAAAAUUCCACCACCGCUCUUUCCACAUCCAUACGGUUUCCCGGCUUUUGGAUUGUGUCAAAAGAAGGAUGACGGUGUGGUGAUGGGAGAGCCAAACAAGACAAAUCUGUCAGGUGUGUUCUGGCCGAGCGCUAAGGACAGUGCUUAUCCCUCAUUUCCGAUGUUUUGGCCUACGACAGGCAGCUUGGCCAUGCCAACAUACCACCAUGCCCAACCUAAACCUCCUUCUGACGUGUUAUGCACCAGACAUAGUGAACUAGACGCGUCAGAGCAAAGUGACCGAAGCACGAGCACCCCUAAAGACAGUUUACUUGAUAAUGAACGGUGUUCCAGCACUCAGUCGACACGGAACGAAGAGGAUAAAUCUGGGGACGAGAGCAGGUCUAUAGAAGGAAUGCCAGCCACCACCGCCAGAAAAAUAAGCUACAUAUCCGCAUUCAGACCGGUUGUUAAAGAUGUUGAGAGCAUCGCGAAACUAUACGGCAACAGGGGUCCGUAUUCUGCUCCUCGGUCCGGCUAUUUGUCACCAGAUUUCUUGAGUGAAAGUUCUAGUUAUAGGUCAGUGUCUCCGGACGUGGACAGCGUGGACGAUCCGGAUGUGGACGUGGAGUCGCAUAAGGCGCACGAGGAUGAGGAGUCUCUGCAGCUGUCUGUGGAUGACCGGCGGAGUCCACAGAGUUUGGCCGUAGCGCAGAGUGACGGGGUUAAAGGUCAAGACCAAGAGAAUAGCCAGAUCCACACCAUGAGUGAGCUACACACGACAAAUUCAAGUGAAACGCGGUCGUCUGAUUUGGAGAGUCACGACAAUAAACACACGACGCGAUUUGAGGUCUAUGCGCGGGAAAGAGACGAGCACGUGCAUCAAAUGAGCACAUCUUAUUUUGGUUCAACGACGACGUACCAGCGCGAAACGAGUGUUAAAGACGUGCAUGAAGAAGAACCUUCGUCUACAGUGGAGGAGAUGGAACCCAAAACUCAACAGGAUCAAACCAGCGUCAACGAGGAGCGCCUGAAGGAACCAAAUGAUGAUGAGGAAGCAAUGCGCCAUGACACUGGCAGCAGGGGCUCCUUGAUUGGGAAAAACAUAGAGAACAUGGCCAAAGAGGAAUUGCAGAAACAACUUGUGGAACAAGUGGAGCUUAGAAAAAAGUUGGAGCGUGAAUUCCAGAAUCUAAAAGACAGUUUUCAAGACCAAAUGAAAAGGGAGCUUUCAUACAGAGAGGAAAUGGUGCAGCAACUCCAGAUUGUUCGAGAAGCUCACGACGCACUACACCAUUUCUCGUGUAAGAUGCUGACUCCCCGUCACUGCACUGGGACCUGCACCUUCAAGUCUCCUCUUCUACCACCUUGAUGGACACCUAUUCAAGACAUACAUGUUCUUUAGAAAUACUGCUGUGUCAAAUCAAACUUUACUUUUUUCCUCUGCAAAACACUGUCAACCUUUAGACCUGGAAUAAGCAAGUGUGUACUGUAGUAUUUUAGCUCUUACACUGUAAUGAAGUCAUUUUCAUUUGCAAAGGAGUGUUUUCAGAGUCACUGUAUGUACUGUAUAAUUUAUAUAAAGUUCUAGAAAAUUGCAUUAUAAAAAAAUUGACAUCCCACUUAAACAUAUCGUCAUCAGCUGUAGAAAUCACUGGUAAUAAGUGGCUAUGUGCAAUGCAUAUAUUUGUUAUGUAUACUGUGCUACAUUUUUUUCUCUCUCUCUUUUUUUUAGUGAUAGGUUAGGACAUUUUGUUAAAUUAGAUGCAACAGUAAUUAAUGUUUUUGUAUAUAUUAUUUAUUCCAAGUCCAUGUCAGUUGUUUAUUCUCAUCUGCAUAUUUGUAUAUUAUUGAUGUAAAGCACUUUAAAUUGGCAGCCCUAUACUGAAAUGUGGAUUAAAUGAUCUUGUUUGA